GUUCCCCCAGCAGCUGGCUUAUCUUAUCUGCUUUUGUGGUAUUUUUUGGGUACUUUUUAUAAAUAUUGCAUUGUUAAAGUGGGUUUUACGGUCCACUUCCCGUGAUUUGUGCAUCAACCCAGUGGCAGAUAGUGGGCAGUUGACCUGCGUCUAGUUGUUCUACACGCUGGAGUCCACAGUUUGCAUGCAUUGCGUUUAGUUUGUGGCGAUUGGUUGGCGAGGCGAGGCGAGGAACAACCUGUGGCAGCCAGCAGGAAAGGACAGGAAACAACAGGAGAGGACACGAUUGAGCGGGAUUCAACAGGAGGAGGAGCAGGAGCAGGAUGAGCUGCUUCAGUGCGAUGAGUGCCCCGCUGCUGGGCGAGAUGGAGCAGACCAUCGGGAUGCUGGAGCGUGGAACUAUAGUGACCAAGUUGUAUGGGAAACAGCGUCGUCCGGAUCGCCGACACCUGAUGCUCAUCCGCGAGACCCGCCAGCUGAUCUGGGCCACGGUGGCCACCCAGACGCCGAGGACGGACUACGAGGGAGCCAUCCAGCUGCGCGAGAUUCGUGAGAUCCGGGUGGGCAAGCACUCCAAGGAGUUCCGGCUAUUUGCCGACGAUUGUCAGCGCUUUGAGUCCAGCAAAUGCUUUGUCAUCCUGCACGGCAGUCAGUUCAAGCUGAAGAGCUUCUCGGUGGUGGCUCUGUCGGAGAUCGAGGCCGAGAAUUGGGUGAGGGGAUUGCAUUACAUGGUCAAGGAUACACUGGGAGCACCAUAUCCCCUCCAAAUAGACCGCUGGCUGCGGCGGGAGUACUACCAAAUCGAGAAUGUCAACUCGCAUUCGGCCAAGGCCACCGAACAGUCGCCGGCCCAGGUGACCAUCAAGGACUUCAAGCUCUUCCUGGCCAGCGUUAGUUGCAAGAUGACCACCGGCAAGUUCAUGGAGCACUUCAACGAGGAUGUGCGGCGCAAGCAUGACCUCAAGUUCGACGACUUCUCGCGGCUCUAUCAGAAGCUUCUGCUGCCCACCGGCUUCGCGAGCAAUCUAACCGGAGCGGGAUUGGGUGUGGCCAACUUUCCCUAUUCGGAGGACCAGCAGGUGGUGCGUCCGGCGGAGCUGAAGCGUUUCCUAGAGACGGAACAGCGCGAUGUGAGCUCCAGUGAGAUCAGUAAUGCCGCCAUUGCCACUUUCAUUCGGGACUUUGUACAGGAUGUGGAGCGGGAUUGCCAGGAGCCGUAUCUGACCUUCGCGGAGUUCGUGGACUUUCUGUUCUCCAAGCAGAACGACCUGUGGAACAGCAAAUACGAUUCGGUGUUCAUGGACAUGAACCUGCCGCUGUCCUCGUACUGGAUCGCCUCGUCGCACAACACCUACCUGACUGGCGAUCAGUUCUCCAGCGAAUCCUCCUGCGAGGCCUAUGCCCGCGCCCUGCGCAUGGGCUGUCGCUGCAUCGAGCUGGACUGCUGGAAUGGGCCGGACAACCUGCCCUACAUCUUCCACGGCCAUACCAUGACCUCCAAGAUCAAGUUCAUGGACGUGAUCAAGACGAUCAAGGACCACGCCUUCACCACCUCAGAGUAUCCGGUGAUCCUGUCCAUCGAGCAGAACUGCUCCCUGGAGCAGCAGCGCAACAUGGCGCAGGCCUUGAUCGAGGUCUUCGGGGACAUGCUACUCUCACAACCCUGCGACCGAAACGAGCAGCACCUGCCGUCACCAUACCAGCUGCGCCGCAAGAUAAUCCUCAAGCACAAGAAAUUGCCGCAGUUUGAUGAUAUCACCAAUGGCAUUUCUGGCACCGGAUCGCUGGGCCAUAGAUCCUCAUUGAGUGGAGCGGGCGGUGGAGUACAUGGGGAGACCGAUGGCGAGAAUGUGCGUAAGGUGUUCAAGGAGGGACUGCUGUACUUCAAGGAUCCGGUUGAUAAGUCCUGGAACCUAUAUCAGUUCGUCCUUACCCAUCAGGAGCUCAUCUACUCCUCGGAGAUCAACGAGUCGCGCAAUGGAAAUUCCGAGGACGAUGACUUUGGACUGUCCUCGUCUUGUUCCCUGAACAGCAAUAUGCAGCAAAAGCAGAAGGAUACAUCGGCCAAUGAUGAGCUGCACUUUGGCGAGAAUUGGUUCCAUGGGAAACUGGAAGGUGGCAGAAAGGAAGCAGAUGAUCUACUAAAGCAGUAUAAACAUUUUGGCGACGGAACCUUUUUGGUACGCGAAUCGGCCACCUUUGUGGGUGACUAUAGUCUAUCCUUUUGGCGCCGAAAUCGACCGAAUCACUGUCGCAUAAAACUGAAGCACGAAAAUGGUUCAAUCAAAUACUAUUUAGUGGAGAACUUCGUGUUCGAUUCCCUGUACUCCCUCAUCGUUUACUAUCGCAAGAAUAUGCUGCGUAGCUCGGAGUUUUCGAUUAUUCUCAAGGAGCCUGUUCCGCAGCCAAAGAAGCACGAGGAUCAGGAGUGGUUCCAUCCGAACACCACGAAGGAGCAGGCCGAACAGGGUCUAUAUAGACUGGAUAUCGGUUCGUUUCUCGUUCGACCGUCGGUGCAGAGCAUAAACGCCUUUGUGAUUUCGUUCACCAUCAAUCGGAAGAUCAAGCAUUGUCGCAUUAUGCAGGAGGGUCGUCUGUACGGCAUUGAUACCAUGAAUUUCGAGUCUCUGGUCUCGCUGAUCAACUACUAUACGCGAAAUCCGCUUUAUCGCAAUGUCAAGCUCAGCCAUCCGGUUUCCCAGGAGCUGCUGCGUCAGGCGCUGGCGGAGAGCGCUCAGGGCGAUCACAGCCACGACGACAAUGGAGCCUCCAACUACAUGGGCUCCAACCUGGAGGAGUAUGUCACCUGCAAGGCCCUCUACAGCUACAAGGCGAACAAGCCGGACGAGCUCUCGUUCCCCAAGCACGCCAUCAUCACGAACGUGCAGCGGGAUAACUCGAUGUGGUGGAUUGGGGACUAUGGUGGCAUGAUAAAAAAGCAUCUGCCGGCGAACUACGUGAAGGUCAUUGAUUCCGCCACGGAGGACUACAACUCGUUGAACGAGGAGGGAACCGAUGGACGCACCGACUCCAUUGAGAUAUUUGGGGCUGUGGCUUCGUUGUUCGAAUCCAAUGAGCCGGGUAUUAUCUUCAAGCUGCAGAUACAAACUCCCACGAUGCAGAAUCCGUUUGUGAUUGGCUUCGACAACCAGGAGACGGCAUACGAGUGGAUCAAGGCCAUUCAGGAGGCGGCCCUCAUUGCCAGUCAGCUGGCAUCGGAGCGGCGGAAAAAGGAGCGCACCGCCCGCGUGGCCAAGGAGAUGUCCGACCUGAUUAUCUACUUCCGCAGCGUGCCCUUCCGCGAGCACUCGUGGAUCUUCCAGGAGAUGUCUAGCUUUCCGGAAACCAAGGCGGAGAAGCAAUUCUUCCAGCAGAACACUCAGCUAUUCCUGUUGUACCAUCGCAAUCAGAUUAGUCGCGUGUAUCCAAAGGGUCAACGCCUGGACUCGUCAAACUUUAACCCGAUGCCCUUUUGGAAUAUUGGAUCACAGAUGAUCGCACUGAAUUAUCAGACCGGCGACAAGGCCAUGCAGCUAAAUCAGGCCAAGUUCCGGAACAAUGGGCAAUGUGGCUAUAUCUUGAAGCCGGCGUUCAUGAAAUCGGAUAACUUCAAUCCAAACAAUCCGCUGUGCGAUGGCUUCGGCGAGGUGAAGGUUAGCAUUCGCCUGAUAGCCGCACGUCACCUGUUUCGUGGCGGCAAAUCGAACAAUCCACAGAUUGUUGUGGAAAUUGUGGGAGCCAGCUACGAUACGGGCAUCAAGUAUCGCACCAAAGUCAACGAGAACGGCUUCAAUCCCGUGUGGAAUGAAUCGUGCGAGUUCAACGUGCGUAAUCCUCAAUUCGCCAUCCUCCGUUUUGAGGUCCAGGACGAGGACAUGUUCGCGGAGACGCACUUCAUCGCCCAGGCCUGCUAUCCGCUGACCUGUGUGCGCCAGGGUUAUCGCAGUGUUAUCAUGCGAAACAAGUUCAGUGAGGAGCUAGAACUGUCGUCACUGCUGAUCAACAUCAAGAUAGUAAAUGCCACUUCUCCAUAGGCGGAAAUCGAUUUGCUAAAGCAUUGAAAGUGCAAAGAAUGAUUCCAAAUCUGCAUGUACGUGUGGGUCGAGUGUUUAGGAAAGAAAACAAGUGUUGCCCCGAAAGAAAGCUAAGCUUUUCGCAAAAGCAAUUUGUUAAACACUGUACAUACAUGCACUGUUCCAUCAAAGUAUGACCUCAUCCCUUGACUCAUAUACUAGUUUUAAAAGGGAGAUUCCAAAAACUUCUUGAUUUGGAUUUAUACUAGUAGUAUUCCUAUAAAAAUCACAAAUCAUAAAAGUGGGAACUCCUAGAACUAAAAUCAUAUUAAUUUUUACUUUUUCAUUAUGUUGGUGUGUUCUACUGAAUCGUCUUAUCAAGUGUCCUCUAUAUGUCUAAUUUUGAUUUUAAAAUUACUGUUGUUUACUACUAUUUUUUAUGCAAAACAAAUUUUGUACUAAUUUAUUAAUUCACUAACAGUUUAUCAUAACUAUCAGAACUGAAUAUUAUUGUUGAGAUAACAUGCGAUUAUUACUAUACUAUAUCGUAUAAAAAUGAACAAAUCAGUAGUAAACUUCGAAACUGAUUUUAAUAAUAUUAAUCAUAGCAUAUACAUGUCUUCCUGUCCUCAUUUUCAAAAGUUUCACAUGAUUUUCACCUUAAAAAUAUUACAAACUUAAAAAAGGGUAUUUCACCCUUCCCAAAUGCGAAAUAUCCUCAAAAUAACACCUUUUCUGCCCUUUUUCCUAGCACAAAUACUCAAAAAGCAUUUCAAAAAUGCAUGGGAAGAUCAAAUCAUCUUCAAAAUGGGUCAUCAUAUUACAAAAAGUUAAAAAGAAGCAAUAAACCAGAAAUAAGAAUAAUUAUUUGAAGUCAAAAAUCUAUAUUACAAGUGCCUUUAGACUCAACAUAAUCUAAAAAUAUAACUGAAUUUAUUUGUAAAGCUUAUUUUAUGAGUAGUAAGUCAAUUUUAAGAAAUAUUUAAACGUUGUUUAUUAACUCAGACUUGUGAACGCAUGUUUUAAGCUCGUGUUUGAACAUUUUUAUCCAGCAUAUUCAACAAAUAAUGAAAAUAUAACCCAGGGAUCCUCGUGAAAAUGACUUGACUUUUCUCAAAAGCAAUCAAAUCACAUUCUUUGACGAUUUUCGAAUUUCCAUGUGAUUAAAUGGUAUAGUAAAAAUGUCUUGACUCUCCUUAUCUGCAAUAUCUACAAAUUCUAAACUAACCUAAUAAACGUCAUUCUUUUAAAUGCAUUUUUUACACUAAAAAUAUUAAAGAUCGCCAAGAUGCACUAGUCGAUUUAAGAAGUGCAAAAUUAAUCAUCUAGAACUUAAAUGGGUAUCGACAGAUUAACAAUCUGAAAAUCGUUACAACCCUAUACAUAUCAUUUGUCAUGCAUUUGCUUUUAACUACAUAUACAAAUAACAUUCUGCAGCUCCCAUUCUAAAAAACGUGCAAAUAAUAGUACUUUAUGCACAAUAGAUCUGAAUUGGAAAUUUUCGCUUUUGAAAAUAAGCCAAUAGUUUUUAGUAUAUGUACCCAAAAUGUAUUUAAGCUGUACGUUCCGUUUUUAAGUGUAUCUGUAUAUCUAAUAGACUUUUUCAAUUACUUUGUAAAUGCCUUAUAUGCAUACGUUAUUUAAUGCCAAAUAAAUAUUUACCGGCGUUAGCUGUCUAUA